AUGGGAGAGUUCUUUUCUCAUAGCUUUGCUGAUUCUUCUUCUCUCCCACACGACAUAAAUAAUAAUAUUUGGACCGAGGCCUGCCAGGCCGCAGGCGUACGCGUCCUCCUCUCCCUCGGUGGAGAAACCGGCAGCUACAACCUCCCGACCCCCGACUCUGCCCGCCAGGUGGCAGACUACCUGUGGAACGCCUUCUUGGGCGGCAGCUCCGGGCCGAGGCCCCUGGGUCCUGCAGUCCUCGACGGCAUCGACUUUGAUAUCGAGUCCGGCACGGGCCAGAACCUUGACGAGCUGGCACGGGCCCUGUCGGGAUACUCGGCCCAGGGGAGAAGGGUUUACCUGUCUGCGGCCCCGCAAUGUCCAAUCCCGGACGAGCACUUGGACACGGCCAUCCAAACUGGACUGUUCGACUUUGUGUGGGUCCAGUUCUACAACAAUGCGCAGUGCGAUUACAGGAGUGGUGUGGACAAUCUGGUGGCUAGGUGGAAUCAAUGGGCCGAUGGGCCGGCCCAGCAGUUGUUCCUGGGCCUGCCGGCGGCAAGGGAGGCGGCCCCGGACGGUGGGUACAUGGAAGCGGACGUGCUCGUCUCUCAGGUGCUGCCGAGGAUCAGGACGAACCCGAAAUACGGAGGGGUGAUGCUGUGGAACAGACUUUUCGACCAGGGAUAUAGUUCGGCUAUCCGGGGAAGCCUUUGA